AUGAGUUUUAACUAUGAUUUCCUAAAGCAAGCGAACACUGAUUCAAAUUCUAAAGGCGUCGGAUAUUUCAAUAAUUUAGACUAUAGUAUAUGCUUUAGAAAAGAGCAAUACUAUUGCUCUCUAACCUAUUCGGUGCCCAACACUUCCGCUGCAACACAUUCAGACCAAGACAACCAAUUCUCUAUACGUAACUCCAGUAUCAAAGCUGGUGAGGCGGGUGCGGGUGCUGUCAAAUGUACUGAAGACUAUUUACAAUUAAACGGAAUUCGCUUUUGUGGACAUCAAUUGAAUGAAGAUGCUUUACAUCAGGCAACUGUUAGUGGUUCUGCAGCCGUCACAGAUCAGGGUCAACACAUAGGCCAUCAACUGCAGCAUCCCCUUAACUUUGAAUUUUGUCAACUGUUUCUGCAA